AUGGUGGAGAAGAUUGAAAAGGAGCUUGGACGCGAUCAGUCCUACAUGAUGCCCCAUGUGUUGUGCAGCAUGGUGGGCGGCCUGCCCCCAGAGGAGAGACCGUUGGUGCAGCCGAGCGCAGCUGGUGUCGUGGAGCUCUCUCUGCGGCUGCUCCUGCCCCUGUGCGGCCCUGGCUUCGACCCCGAGCACCGGUCCCUGUUGCCCGGGGCUGCCGCUCUUGGUGUCGCCGCGGGGCUGGUGGCACCCGCGGCGGCUGCCGACGCGUCUGGUGCGAUGGCGGCGUUGGUGCAGCGGGCGCUGGAGGCCCUCCUCGAGCUGGCCCACUGCUCGGCAGCGCACCCGGUCCACGUGAGCCCGCUCUACUGCUGCUGGUGGGCCCUGGAGGACUUCGCCACGUCUUCGCCCGCAGCCAGGCACGUGUUCGGGACGGUGAUGGCCCAGCGCCAGCAGGCGGUUCAGGUCUGCCUUGAGAGAGCGGUUGCUGCCCUCCUGGAGGGAGAGCCCGCGCUGGCCGACAGAGAGGGCAGUGACGCCUCCGCGGCACUCGCGCACGUGCUGACGUGCGACGUGCUGUGGCGGGGCCCGCGGGCUGCCCUGACGGUCAUGCAGGCCUACAGUUCCACCGGCUCCAGGAGGGCCGCGAGCUCCGCGUGCUGCACGUCCCUCGUGACCGCUGUCCGCCUGGACGCCGCCGCGGACGCGCCCCCUGGUGGGUUGCGCCAGGAGCUGAGGGCCGCCCUGCAGCUCGCCUCGGCCGAGGCCCCAGAGGACCGGUCCUUCGCCGUGGCGCUGGGGCUGCUGGGGCCGCCCUGA